UGGGUUAGAAUAAUGAAAACACGAUGGGAAAUGGUUGGGUGCUUCACUGACUAAUUGAACAGGAUCCUUGCAAUUUGUUCUAUGAUAUAUGGUUUUUCACAGCCACAGGACUUCUGAUUUAAGUAACUAAUCAUCAUGUCUGACCCCGUUGUUUUGCGUAGCAUCAAGAGAUUGGGAGAAGAUAACUAUGCUUUUGACUUGGAUGGCAAAAGUAACAGCUUCAAGAAAUCAGAGAAUUUCUAUACAUAUGAAGAACCUUUUAUCGAGAAGGAAAGUGAAAAGUCAUCAAAGAAGAAAGAAAACAGUAUUCGUAUUGGCUUCUUUCAGCUGUUCCGAUUUUCUUCAUCUACGGAAAUUUUAAUGAUGGCUGUUGGUAGUUUCUGUGCUAUUGUUCAUGGAGCAGCCCAGCCAGCUGUGUUGCUUGUGUUUGGUGCAAUGGCAGACACAUUUAUUGAAUAUGACAUUGAAAUGCAAGAGCUUAAAGACCCAAACAAGACAUGUGUAAAUAACACUAUAGUGUGGAUUAAUGGUACUAUUCAUCAGAAUGAAAAGAAUGCCACAAUAAGAUGUGGGCUGCUGGACAUUGAACAAGAAAUGACCAAGUUUGCAGCUUACUAUGGAGGAAUUGGUUGUGCCGUCUUUUUGUUAGGAUACCUCCAAAUCUGCUUUUGGGUUAUGGCUGCAGCUCGUCAGAUACAGAAAAUCAGGAAAGCUUAUUUCAGGAAAGUAAUGCGAAUGGAUAUAGGCUGGUUUGACUGUACAUCUGUAGGAGAACUGAACACCCGAAUUUCUGAUGAUGUUAACAAAAUUAAUGAGGCUAUUGCUGACCAAGUAGCAAUCUUUAUCCAGCGCAUAACCACCUUUGUGUGUGGAUUCCUACUGGGCUUUGUCAGUGGGUGGAAAUUGACCUUGGUUAUCAUUGCAGUCAGCCCUCUGCUGGGGGUUGGAGCAGCCAUCUAUGGCUUGGCUGUGGCAAAACUGACAGGCCGGGAAUUAAAGGCUUAUGCAAAAGCUGGAGCCGUGGCCGAUGAAGUGCUCUCAUCCAUCAGAACAGUGGCUGCUUUUGGUGGGGAGAAGAAAGAAGUUGAAAGAUAUGAUAAGAAUUUGGUGUUUGCUCAGCGCUGGGGAAUUCGAAAAGGAGUAAUAAUGGGAUUAUUCACUGGUUACAUGUGGCUCAUAAUUUUCCUGUGCUAUGCAUUAGCCUUUUGGUAUGGCUCUAAACUUGUCCUUGAAGAAGAAGAGUAUUCACCUGGCACUCUCCUGCAGGUUUUCUUUGGUGUUUUAGUAGGAGCUUUAAAUCUCGGCCAGGCAUCUCCGUGUCUGGAAGCCUUUGCCACUGGCCGUGGGGCUGCAGCAAACAUUUUUGAGACAAUAGAUAAAAAACCCGUCAUUGACUGCAUGUCAGAAGAUGGCUACAAGCUGGAUAAAGUACGAGGUGAAAUUGAAUUUCACAAUGUAACAUUCCAUUAUCCCUCCAGACCAGAUGUAAAGAUUUUGGAUAACCUUAAUAUGGUUAUUAAAGCAGGGGAGACAACAGCUUUUGUUGGAGCUAGUGGAGCUGGAAAAAGUACAACAAUACAGCUAAUCCAGCGUUUCUAUGACCCCACUGAUGGCAUGAUUACCCUGGAUGGCCAUGACAUUCGUUCCCUUAAUAUCCAGUGGCUACGCUCACAGAUUGGCAUUGUUGAACAAGAGCCAGUGCUGUUUGCCACCACGAUUGCAGAGAACAUCCGCUAUGGUCGGGAUGAGGCUACCAUGGAAGACAUAAUCAAAGCAGCCAAACAAGCCAAUGCUUACAAUUUCAUCAUGGACUUGCCACAGCAAUUUGAUACUCAUGUUGGAGAGGGUGGAAGCCAGAUGAGUGGAGGUCAAAAACAGAGGAUAGCUAUUGCUCGAGCUCUUGUGAGAAACCCGAAAAUCCUGCUACUGGAUAUGGCUACGUCAGCACUUGAUAAUGAAAGUGAAGCUAUUGUCCAAGAAGCACUUCAUAAGGCCCGCCUUGGCCGCACAGCCAUCUCCAUAGCUCACCGCCUGUCAGCCAUCAAAGCUGCCGACGUCAUCGUUGGGUUUGAGCAUGGGAAGGCUGUGGAGAGAGGAACGCAUGAAGAACUCUUGAAGAGGGAAGGGGUUUAUUUCAUGUUGGUGACCUUGCAAAGCACAGGAGAUGCAGCAGUUAAUAAAGAAGCAACGGAAACAGCAGAAAAUAACGUGGAUGAGCCAAAUCUUGAGAAAGUCCAGUCAUUCAGCAGAGGAAGCUAUCGGGCCAGUUUGCGAGCUUCACUUAGGCAACGCUCCAGAUCUCAGCUCUCUAGUGUGGUGCCUGACCCUCCAUUAGCCAUUGCAAACGAUCACGCAGAGUAUAUGAAACCUAGUCCUUAUGAAGAAGGUGAUGAACAAGCAAAAAAGGAACUUGUUGAUGUGGAGGAAGAUGUCCAGCCUGUAUCAUUUACCAGAAUUUUGAAAUACAAUACCUCUGAAUGGCCAUACAUGGUAUUUGGAUCUCUGGCAGCAGCUAUGAAUGGAGCAGUCAAUCCACUCUAUGCUUUGUUAUUCAGUCAGAUUCUUGGGACCUUCUCCAUUCUUGAUAAACAAGAACAAACAACCCAGAUCAAUGGUGUCUGCGUGCUUUUUGUCAUGAUUGGAAUUCUUUCAUUUUUCACACAGUUUCUACAGGGAUACACCUUUGCCAAGUCUGGUGAGCUGCUUACACGACGGUUAAGGAAAAUUGGUUUCCAGGCUAUGCUGGGCCAAGACAUCGGUUGGUUUGAUGACCGGAAGAACAGCCCAGGUGCUUUGACUACGAGACUUGCAACAGAUGCCUCGCAGGUCCAAGGGGCAACUGGAUCGCAGAUAGGAAUGAUUGUCAAUUCCUUUACCAACAUCGGGGUGGCCAUGAUCAUUGCUUUCUACUUCAGCUGGAAACUGAGCUUGGUUAUACUGUGUUUCCUGCCAUUUUUGGCCUUAUCUGGAGCCGUGCAGGCUAAAAUGUUGACAGGAUUUGCCUCUCAGGACAAGAAAGCGCUGGAAGCUACUGGACGGAUUGCCAGUGAAGCCCUCUCUAACAUCAGGACUGUAGCUGGGAUAGGAAAAGAGAAAACGUUUGUGGACAAUUUUGAGAAGCACCUGGAUAUGCCUUACAAAGCUGCAAUCAAAAAAGCCCAUGUUUAUGGCAUCUGCUUCGGCUUUGCCCAGAGCAUAGUGUUCAUUGCCAACGCCGUCUCCUACAGAUACGGAGGGUUUCUAGUUGAGAAUGAAGGGCUCCAUUACAGCUUCGUGUUCAGGGUCAUCUCUGCUAUUGUCACCAGCGGAACUGCUUUGGGAAGAGCUUCUUCCUAUACCCCAAACUAUGCCAAAGCCAAAACAUCUGCUGCACGCUUCUUUCAAUUGGUCGAUCGGAUUCCGAAAAUCAGCGUUUACAGUGAAAAAGGAGAAAAAUGGGAUGAUUUCAAGGGAAGCAUUGAAUUUCAUGACUGCAAAUUCACGUACCCUUCUCGGCCUGAUAUUCAGGUCCUGAAAGGACUCACUGUAGCUGUUAAGCCCGGACAGACUUUGGCAUUUGUUGGAAGUAGUGGCUGUGGUAAGAGCACCAGUGUCCAGCUUCUGGAGCGUUUCUAUGACCCCGACACAGGAAGUGUGUUAAUAGAUGGACACGACACCACGAAAAUAAAUGUACAGUUCCUUAGAUCAAAAAUUGGAAUAGUGUCCCAGGAGCCUGUGCUGUUUGACUGCAGCAUUGCUGAGAAUAUUAAAUACGGCAGUAACAGCAAAGAGGUUUCGAUGGAGAAGGUGAUAGAAGCGGCGCGGAAGGCUCAGCUGCACGAUUUUGUCAUGUCCCUGCCUGAGCAAUAUGAAACUAAUGUUGGGGCUCAAGGAUCCCAGCUGUCUCGUGGGCAAAAACAACGCAUUGCUAUAGCGAGGGCCAUCAUACGAGAUCCUAAAAUUUUAUUACUGGAUGAAGCUACAUCUGCCUUAGACACAGAAAGUGAAAAGACUGUGCAGGCGGCGCUGGAUCAGGCCAGGGAAGGACGGACCUGCAUCGUCAUUGCCCACCGCUUGUCCACGAUCCAGAACGCCGACAUCAUCGCGGUGAUGUCACAGGGACUCGUCAUUGAGAGGGGCACGCACGAUGAACUGAUGGCCCUGGAAGGAGCUUAUUACAAGCUCGUUACCACUGGAGCCCCGAUUAGCUGAAUUACUGUGAUUCUAAAUCUGAAAGGUAUUUUUUUCUGUAACAAAUACUCUGCAGUAGGUUUGUGUAUGUUGGUGCCCCGUUGUGCUACAAAGUGCCCCACGAUAUUGUGAGUUCUGAGGUGCCCUAAAUGUAUGUAGCUUUCUGCAUCAAGCACAGUUGUCAGGCACGUGCAGGGGACUAAGCAUAGGCUAAAGCAUUCAGGAAGUAGCUCAGCCCACUGCUAAGGGAAAGAAUGCCUGAAAACGGGAAAGAUCUUUGCUGGUGAGCUGGGGAAUUGCCACCACCUGCAGUCAGACUGCACAGUCCUGUGAUUCCUCAAUUAGCAAUCAAGAAAGACUCCGCUCCAGCGUUCUGGAAACUGCCACUUGUCUAGGUAAGCUCUAUGAAUAAAAAACAAUCCCAAGGAUGAUGCUGUAUAGCUGAAAGGAUCAAAUCUCUCCUUGCGUUGGGUCUGCAGAGGAUUACAGCAGACACCUUUCCUGUGGGUCCACACCCUCCCACCCCUCCACAGCAUCCACAUCAGCUCUGCUGUCAGAGGAGGCUGGAUUUCCACCCUGUGCACCAACUCGUGCAGGGCGCUGCCCCUUUAACGCCAUCACAUACUUACAAAGAAGGCAGCUCCACAAAAGUAAGGAAGGCAACCAAGAGGAGAACAGAAGCUGGUAAGGGUCAUUCCUCCUUUUGAAUAGGAAUAAAUUGUUUAGUUAAAUCAAUGCAAAAUUCUACGGUUAAUCAUUACAGUUAUUACUUGAGGCAGUGAUGGAUAAUGUGUUAUUUUUUUCAGAAGGCAAGACAAUGAGUAUUUUUACAGAAACCGUCAAUAUAUGCCGUAAAGGUGGAAAAAAAUACCUAUAAUUAGCUGUUUGUAUUAAGCAAAGGUGAUAAAUCGAGCAACAAUUCAUUCAGAAAUGACAAAGAUCAGGAAUUAUGUUCUUCUGGCAGAAGUUUGUAACAGUUUACGGCCUACUGCAUGUUUCUCUAUUGACAUACCUAUAUGAUAUUUAAUUUAUAUUAGUAUUUAAGGUCAUAGAAAAAUAACUGUUCUUUAUUAAAAACUACAAUUACUACAUGUACUUUUUCCAUGAUUCUUUUGCCUAAAGGACACCACUUUCGUGGCUAAAAUUAUAAGAAUAAAUUGUAUUUUUUACCAGCUCUUGUGCUUUUGAACUUCAUCUCUUACCCUUCAGACAAGCAGAUGAGUAUCUUGCAGCAGGUAACAAGUAUUUGCGUGUAUUUAGGUGCUGCCUGUAACAAGGGGCUGCUGUGCAGGACGGAGCUGUUAAGAAGGUGAAUGCAACUACACUGGCACCUGCUAAAG